AUGAAGAUGGCUUUAGCAGACCAAGCAUUUGCAGAAGAUGCUAGGCAACAAGCAAAGAAACAAAUUGAAAUGGCAGAGAUGGAGUUUGAGAAUGCGAAGAGGAUCAGGCAACAAGCUCAGGUUGAGUUAGAGAGGGCUAAGAUUCUUCGAGAACAAGCCACCAGGAAGAUUAGUUCCACCAUGUUAGAGAUCACUUGUUAUUCUUGUAGGCAACGAUUUGAAGCUUCUAGUAAUAAUGUUGGAGCAACUACAGCUGAUGAGACCUCCAUCGCCCCAAGUUACAUGUCGUCAGCUGUAACAGAAGGUGAAGGAGAUUAA